UCAUCUGAAAACUACUCCGUGACCCGGAUGUAGAAUCCUUCGGGUCAUCCGGCGGCCCACAACGUGCCGCAUGUGUUUUCUGCCAGAGCCACAUUAACCAGGUUAUCAGACAUGACAUCGUUGGCUCACCAGUUGAAGAGGCUCGCGCUGCCUCAGAGCAGCCCCAACCUGCUGACCCGCAGAGAGGUCGCCUCGCUGCUCUUCGACCCCAAAGAUGCCGCCACCAUGGACCGGAGCACCUUCUACGCCCUCGGCUGCACAGGGCUGGAGGAGCUGCUGGGAAUCGAACCUGCGUUCCUGGAGUUCCAGGACACCCUGUUUAGCCCCGCCUCCGUGACUCUGGAGCGCAGCGUCCAGUCCAAAGAGGUCAACGAGAAGCUGGACGCCAGCAUCUCGCUCUUCCUUACCCGACUCUGCCCCUACUUCCUCCUCAAACCGGCUCAGAAGUGCAUCGAGUGGCUGGUUCACCGCUUCCACAUCCAUCUGUACAACACGGACAUCCUUGUCUCCUGCGUUCUUCCGUAUCACGACACCAACGUCUUCGUCAGAGUUCUUCAGCUCCUGAAGAUCAAGGAUGCUUCCAGCCGCUGGAACUGGCUGCAGUGUCUGCAGAAACCCGGCGUGCCGCUCUCCAGAGGCGCGCUGAUCACACACUGCUACUCAGACCUGAGCUUCAUGGACUUCAUCUGCACCAUGGUGACCCGGUCCGUCCAGGCUUAUUCUGGUCACUCAGAGAGCUUCUCUCAGCUCAGAGUGGUCUUCUCCUUCUACGCCUCCACCAUCGUCCCCACUCUGGACGCCGUGGACAGAGUUUCUGACGCCAUCAUCGCCAAACUACUGCCAUACAUCCAGAAGGGUCUCAGAUCGGCCCAGGCGGACUACAAAGCCGCCACCUACAUGAUCGUGUGCCAGCUGGCGGUGAAGGUGGUGAUGGAGGCCAGUCUGGUGGACAGCCUCGCCAUGCACGUCAGCAAGUCUCUACUCAAACAGCCCGUUUUGCUCAAAGAGGGUCUGGGCUGCCUCAUUGUGCUGCUGCAGAACCAGAAGGAGGGAGCCGCCGGUCCCAGAGCUGCCGACCGCUUGUGCUCGAUGGCAGCGCUGGUCUCCACUCUUCAAGUUAUGGCGCUGACACAUGAUGUCAGUCCUCUUCUCCGGUACCUGCUGCCUCACCUGGUCCACACGAUCUUUACCGGCAGCUCAGGUGAGGUGGAGAUGGACCGGCUCGGCGUAUUGGAGUCCAUCCUGAAAUCUGUGCCCCUAACCAAAGAUCUGGACCGGACUGUGGCCCGGUUGCUGUUGGACGAGUAUCUGAGUCAGACCGAGCGGUCCACUGAGGACAUGUCCGCCCUGGACCAACACUUGCUGCCUCUGGUUCGGCUGUUUGAGUCCAGGUACUGUGGAGCUCUGGAUGGCGUCCUCGCAGGUCAUGUGAUUGACAUCAGCGACACGCAGCAGAAACGUCUGUUCCACCAGUUCCUGUCUCUGUCCAUGAGCAGCGGAAAAUACCAGAUUUUAGGCGACUCGGACACGUCGCUGCUGCUCAGUCUGAAACACCCGCAGCCUUUGGUCCGAGUGUCGGCUGUGGAGCGCCUGAUGGGCAUCAUCUCCUCCGGACAGCUGCAGAGUUUGGAUAAAACCUUCCUGAGAGACGCCGUCGCGGAGCGCCUACAGGACGACGUUCCGGAUGUAGUCGCCGUCACGCUGAAGGUCCUGCAGAUGUUGUUGGACGUUUUGGACCCUGAGGACACUGUUUCAUGUUUACUGUCUCUGCUGCACAGAAGGAGUCUGUCGGAUGCCGAGCGCUGGCUGCCUGUUCUGACGGAGGCGGUGCCUUUACUGUCCGACCCCAGGCUGGGAAAGGGGGACACCGAGCUGCAGCAGAAAAUGAGCUGGAAGCUGCUUCCCUUCCUGGUGAUCACCUCGGCCCGGCUCGGCCUCGCCGGCGCUAUCGCUCGGUCCCCCCUCCUCACCCAGAACCCGCUCACCCUGAACUGGGCUGAAGAGCUGGAUGAGGUGAUGCAGGGGAGCUCUGAAGCCGAAGUGGUUGGUUUGGCCAACCGGCACCUCGUGUCCACGCUGACCAGGAACCUGGCCAACAUGGAACACCUCCCCAAACGAGAUGCUCUGGAAAAACUGGUUCUUCUGGUGGAGCAGCAGCAAGGGUCCAGUCUCAGAAGCCGGGCCUCCUUUGUGGUUCUGACCCAGACUCUGCUGCUGGGUCUGACCGAGCUGAGCGAGACCCAGCACCUGCUGACUGCUCAGAGGAUCUACGCAGUGUUGGAGCCCCCCCUGCUGGAGAUCAGCAGACACGACGACUCACAGGAAGCUGAGCAUCCUGUCGUGUUGCCGUCCUCCUUCUCCGAGGCUCUGACUCUCUACCUAAGCAGCUGUGAGCAGCAUCUGGACCAACAGCUGGACAGGGACUUCAGCUUUGUCCUCAUGUGUCUUCUUAGAGACUUCAUCUCCUCUCUCAGGUGUCACGACGCCUCCUUCAAAGGUGAGGCAUGGUGGAACCCGGAGAGGCUGGACGCCAGCACCUGCUGCUACCUGGGACUGAUCUGCCGCCUUUUCAGCGUCAUCAUCAGUGGCGCUGCUGAGGGUCCGACGGCCGGCAGCUUCAGGGAGCUGAUGAAGCUGUUCGUUCAGGUCCACCUGCCGGAGCCAAUGGUGCUCUUCAAGUUCCUGUGCGUGCUGUGGGGAUACAAUGGUAACCAUGGAGACCAGCUGGACGUGAAGGUGGGCGCUGUCCUGCAGACUCAGGCGCUCCACAUGGGCCGAGCUCUGCUGAGCAGCCAACCUGCUGCAGUUCUGGACCAGCUGGCCGCCGCAGAGUCACCUGUUGUCCCGUCCCUGUUGUGCUGUCUCGGCGCUCCGGUUCGGGAGGUCCAGAAGGUGGCCCUAAGAGCCCUGCAGAGCCUAUCAGGAACCAGCAGCUCUCCCUUCCAGCCAAUCAUAGAGAGGCUGCUGAAGACAUCAGAGGAGAUCAUUGCAGACCCGUCGUACCUAAACACCGCGCUGGGCGUUCUCCAUGACGAGUGUUGGUCCAGUAAAGCGAAGCCGCAUCAGAAGAAGCUCCAGUCGUCGCUGCAGCAGCUGCUUCAGAGCGUCCAGACGCCAUCUUGCCCGUCCUACAGCGCCGCCGCUUUGCUGAGGACGCUGAGCCUCGUCAUCGGAGAGUCUGUCCUCUCCACCCUGCUUCCUGUCCUGGACCGGCUCCUGGAGCAGGAAGGCCCCGACACCCCCUCCCUGCUGCAGGACGAGACCCAGCUCCUACUGCUGGUCCUGGGGAAGUUCAACGAGGCUUCGGCCCCCCUGCUGGCCCGAGACCAGAACUGUCUGGACCUGUUCAUCCGAGCUUUGAGGACGCCCAGAUGUCAGACCUUUGCUCUGGAGCAGAUCACCAAGUCCUUCUUCUCGGCUCUCGGAGACGAGAAGGUGCAACAGAAGCUGCUGUCAGUGAUGUUCGACCUGCUGGUGGAGAGUAGGAGUCCGACCGUGGCCAGCUCCAUCAGCAGUGUCUUUAAAUCUAUCUCUGUUGAUGCUCAGCUGGUGGCCAGCGAGCUCGCUCCUCCAGAGAAAGCUGCGCUCGGAGUGACGGUGCAACAAACCCGCAGGAGGAAGAUGACUCUCAGGAAGCCUCCAGACAACAGCGAUGUGGGUCCAGAAGGUGGCGCUGUGUCGUGGCAGAGGGUCACUCUGGUCCUGGAGCUGCUGCAGCAGAAGAAGAAAUUAAAACAAGCCCAGAUGUUGGUUCCGGUACUGUACGCUCUGCUCGCCAGGAGUCUGGAGGCGGGUCCAGCUGACCACACCAACAUGGAGUACACCAAACAGCUGCUGCUCAGCUGUCUGCUCAACGUCUGCAACAAGCUGUCACCUGACGGCGGCCGCGUGGCUGCAGACGUCCUGGACGAAGACAAGUUCAGCGUGGAGUUGGUGGUCCAGUGCAUCCGAGCGUCUGACAUGCCGCAGACUCACCACCACGCCCUGCUGCUGCUCGGCACAGUUGCCACUAUUUUCCCUGACAAAGUCCUCCACAACAUCAUGCCCAUCUUCACCUUCAUGGGAGCCAACAUCAUGCGUCUGGACGACGCUUACAGCUUCAGAGUGAUCGAUAAGACGGUGCAGAUGGUCAUACCGGCGCUCAUCAGGGCCCACCAGCGUUCUGACGGCACCUCUUCUUCCCACAUGGUUGCCAUGGUGACGAGGGUCAUGCAUGUGUUUGCUGACGCGCUGCCUCACAUGCCCGAGCACCGGCGGCUGCCCGUCCUCAGCCAGCUGGUGACCACGCUAGGCCCCGCCCACUUCCUGUGGGUCCUGAUGCUGCUGCUGUUCAAGCUGCACGUCACUAAGACCGCCGGCCUCGUCAGCGAGAGGGAUGCAGCUCUGGACAGAGACGUGGACUUCUGGAUAUCUCUGAGCUGCCAGUUCGACGUGAGCGACCAGCUGACUUCCCUCGUAAACAUCCUGAACUUCCUGCUGCAGCUGCCGGACGACAAAGAUGACGCUGCAGCGAAGUGUCCCAUCGGCCGACAAACCGCCAAGAAGAAGGAGGAGGAAGAGGAGAAAGUGGAGGAGCUGAUCUUCAGCGUGAAGGCUCACAGCGGCAAAGAGCUGAGACACUUCAAGUUCCUGUCGGUGUCGUUCAUGGCUCAGCUGCUCGGCUCCUCCAGCUUCAUCCAGAAGAUGGUGGACGGAGGCGAGGACGUGGACGCAUCUCUACAGCCACUGCAGCAGAGGCUGCUGGAGGAGAUCCUGCGCUACAUCCACAGCGUGGCUCGAUGUGCAGAGGAGAACGCCGACAAACCCACCGCCAAGUUCUGGAGGGUUCUGCUGAAUAAGGCCUACGAUGUCCUGGAUAAGGUAAACGCCUUGAUGCCCACAGACACCUUCAUCACCGUGAUGAGGGGGCUGAUGGGAAAUCAGCUGGCUUCAGUGAGGAGGAAGGCCAUGGAGCUGCUGAACAACAAGCUGCAGCACCGGACGCAGUGGGACCAGCAGCAGGUAACCGUGCUCCUGCAGCUGACGGGUGACCUGCUGAGCAUCGUGGGUAAAGUCCACGGUCGGGUUUCAGAGGACGAGGAGGCGGAGCAGGCCAUCAACCGUCAGACGGCGCUCUACAGCCUCAAGCUGCUGUGUCGCAGUUUCGGCUCCGACCACCAGGAGGCGUUUGUCCCCGUCCUGCUGCGGGCUGUGGAGAUCGUCAUGGCGACAGAUGAGGAGAAGAAUGUGACGGGCAGCGCUCUGCUCUGCAUCGCUGAGGUGGUCGGCGCGUUAAAGGCGCUCGCCAUUCCACAGUUACCCAGGUUGAUGCCGGCGGUGCUGCACGCGCUCACAGACAGGAAGGAGCUGCUGACCAAUGAGAUCUACCUGCUGAGUGGCAUCACCGCCCUGCAGCGGGCCGCCGAGACACUGCCGCACUUCAUCAGCCCGUACCUGCAGGACACCGCGCUACAGGUGUGUCGGUUGACUCGGCUGGUGGAGGCCUCCUCCUCCUCUUCCUCCUCCCAGCUCUCCAUUCGUCUCGCCUCCCUGAGGAGCACCCUGGCUACGAAGCUGCCCCCCAGGGUCCUCCUGCCCACCCUCACCAGGUGCUACGGCAGCCUGGAGACGGACAACAAGGACCAGCUGGGGGCGCUGAUGAGCAUCCUGAAGGAGCACAUCGGUCACAUGGAGAAAGACGAGCUCAGCCUCCACCAAUCAGAGCUCACCAGCUUCUUCCUCACUGCUCUGGACUUCCGAUCCAAACACUGCCAGGACGACCUGCAGACGACGUCUCAGGUGGAAGGUCACGUGAUCGACUGUCUGAUCGCCAUGGUGAUGAAGCUGUCUGAGGUCACGUUCAGACCGCUGUUUUUCAAGCUGGCUGACUGGAGCAGGUCGUCCGGGAACGAACGGCUGCUGACGUUUUACCGACUGUGCGACCGCAUCGCCGAGCGGCUCAAAGGACUCUUCGUCCUGUUCGCAGGAAACCUGGUGAAGCCGCUGGCGGAGCUGCUGAGACGCACCAACAGCGCCACCUCAGACCUUCUGGUCUUCGACUCGGACCGGUCCCUGGAGAAGAACUCUCUGCUGCUCCGUUUCAUCCUCGACUGUCUCCAGAAGAUCUUCCUGUACGACACUCAGCGCUUCCUGAGCCGAGAGCGAGCCGAGGCCCUGCUGGGCCCGCUGGUGGACCAGCUGGAGAACCAGUUGGGUGGAGAACAGGUCUACCAGCAGAGGGUGAGCCAGCACCUGGUUCCCUGCGUGGGUCAGUUCUCGGUGGCGCUGGCCGACGACUCUCAGUGGAAAAACCUCAACUACCAGAUCCUCCUGAAGACCAGACACAGCGACGCCAAGGUGCGGUUCUCGUCCCUGCUGAUGCUGAUGGAGUUGGCGUCCAGGCUGAAGGAGAACUACAUGGUUCUGCUGCCGGAGACCAUCCCCUUCCUGGCUGAGCUCAUGGAGGACGAAUGUGAAGAGGUGGAGCUGCAGGUCCAGAAGGUCAUCCAGGAGAUGGAGAACAUCCUUGGAGAACCGCUGCACAGCUACUUCUAACACACACCGUUUCCAUGGAAACGCUCAUCCUGUAAACAGAAAUCUGUUUGUUGAUUCUUUGAUGUGAAACUUUUGUCUUCUGACAGAAAUAAACGUUUGUGUCCAAGUCUGAAACU